CUCCCCUGGCCUUUUCCUCCCCUCGCAUCGCAUGUUUUAGCUAUGCCUAAGCUCUACCAAAAUCCCACCAUCAGAGUAUUUCAUUCAGCUUCUACAAGCAAGAGCCAGCCAUUUCUAUGUUUCCAUCCUAGGGCUCCUUCCCUGACCUGCGAACCCUCGGUGUACCUUCCCGCCUUUUAAACUGAUAUCCGCUCCUUCCUCCUCCCCCUCUCUCCCUUUCCCGAAAAUGUCCCUCCGCAGCCUCUGGGCGGUCCGUCACGCUGCCGGCGAACCCGUGGCGGUGGUGCGCGUGCGCGACCUGCAAACAGCGGUGGUCGGCCCGCAGGAUGCAUGGGGCCGCAAGAACGCCACACAGCCGGUGGUGGUGUCGGCGGAGCUACACUUCUCGCGGCCCUUCGAGGCAUCGGUGGCGGGCGAUAGCGUCACGGGCGGCGACACGGUGCACUACGGCACGCUGAGCAAGCUGAUCUUGGCCUGCGUGGAGCGGUCUAACGAGCAUGCGCAGAGCGGUGGCGGCGGCGGCGGCGGAGGAGGAGGAGGCGGAGGCGGAGGCGGCGACGUGGACCUGCGGGUGCUGCUGGAGAUGAUCUGGAUCGUGCUGACGGGCCGCAAUGUCAACGGGGAGGACGCCGGCCCCGAGGCCAAACCGCUGCUGGACCUGGCCCGCCUGCGCUUCAUGUCGCUCACCGUCCACCUGCCCAAGGCCUCGCUGCUGGGCGAGGGCGUGAGCCUGACGGCUGCCAAUGUGUUUCCGCCGCACCUGGCCUCGCUGUCCAUGUAUGGGCUGGCCUUGCGCGUGCAUAAGCUGCGGGUGCCGACCCUAAUCGGUGUCAACAGCAACGAGAGGAGGGCCAAGCAGUUCGUUGUGACCGAUGUGGAGAUUGACAGAUUUGAUUAUUAUCCCGAUCUCUUCUGUGAGCUCGAGAGCCUUGUUGUCAAGACCAUGGAGAAGACAGGUUUUGAGACGCUGGAGGCCCUCGGGUCUCACCUAUCCAAGGCCAUCAUCAGGGACUUCAAACCGAACCCUAGAGAAUUGGUGUCUGGAGAGGAAGGCUGGCAGAUGAUUAUUCGCAUGGAAAAGCCUACGGCCGUCCCCUUUGCAGAGUGUCCGGUGGUGGAAAUGCGGCUUUCAUCCAGGCCUUAA